AGCUUUAUUGUCAAUAUAAACAUCGUCUGGUAACCAAGAUUUCAUAAAAUUCGCAAGAAAUCAUGCCGCAGAAAUAAAGGCAAUAUAUUGUUUUAAAGCCAGUUUGUUUGUGGCUUUGAUAUGGUGAAAGAGAAAAUUAAUUCGAUUCGAACGUAUGACGAGGACGGAUAUCGUCGAAGAGCAGCCUGUUUGUGUUUCAAAGACGAAACUGAGCAAGAGAUAUUACUAGUGAGCAGCAGCAAGCAUAAAGACAAAUGGGUGGUGCCCGGUGGGGGGGUUGAACCGCAGGAGGAGCCGAACCUGGCGGCUGUGAGAGAAGCUUUAGAGGAGGCAGGGGCCAAAGGUCAUCUGGGAAGAAAGAUUGGAGAUUUUGAGAAUACAGAGAAGAAACAUCGGACAAGUUUAUAUGCAUUUAUAGUGACAGAUCUGUUAGACGAAUGGGAAGAUAGUGAAAUUAUGGGUCGACAGAGACAGUGGUUCAGUAUAAUUGAAGCAAAAGAUCACCUUGCACACAAACCUGUACAAGUUACUUACCUUGAUGUGCUACCAAAAGAUCUCAAUGGUGUUGUGAAGCGGUGAGGGGAGGCAAUCAGGCCUCCUAUAAAAGGGCUGCCUCUUUAUAAGAGGCCCUGGGAAGGACCGUUUUUAUUGCAUAAAUUAAUCAACACAAUCAGAUACGUAUGGGGAACUGUACAGAAAUAUCACUUGAGGCACUAACAGUGACCUAUUUCAUUUAAUCUACACCAUCAGAUUUCCAUAUGGAACUGUUAAAUCUAUUGAGGCCCUAAAGAAGACCUCAAUAUUCAUUUGAUAAUUACCAGACUUGAGCUAGGAUUUUUUUUUCACUUGAGGUCCUAACAUGGAAGGCAAAGUAGAUUGCUUUAUCACAAACAGUGCCCCACAGUGCACAGUCCCCUGCAAAGGAUGCGUGCGACAAUGAAUGAAGUCCGUCAGUUAAAGGGGACAAAAAAAAAAAGAUUUUUUUAUAGUGCUGAUCAACUAUUUAACCUUUAACCUGCUGGGAUCACAAGAGAUAAGUGUUUUCCACCAGUAUAGAGCCAGGUCAACAUGACGAUUCAAUGCAGACUGACCAGGCUCUAUACUUUUGAUAGCUCAAUUUUUUAGCUCAACUUUUUGGAAGAAAAGUUUAGAGCUUUUGCUACAGUCUGGUUGCCGUUUCCGUUGCAAUUGGAUACAACAAUGCUUUGGAUAAGACCGUCAAGUAAACCAGACUAAACUUGACCUUGAGUCUUAAAUGACGUUGAUCAUCAAGGUCAAAUGUUUGAAUUAUGCUUAAUUUUUGCUGUAAUUGGCUAUUACUUAGUUAUUUAUGAAUGCAUUGUCUUUUUUGGACACAAUAAUCUUUUGAACAAGUCAAGUGUGAACCCCCGCAAGGCAGUUGCUCUUGUUAUAGUGACUUUUGAUAUUGAAAUCCAUUAAUUAUCAACUGACACAGACAGUUUCAAAUUCAAAACAGGAUAAAUCCAAUAACACAAAUCCAGCAUGUUAAAGGUUAAAUGUUUCUUAUUUUUAUUAGUAUAUUGGUUGUAACAGUGAACAAAUUCUCAUUGAGAUACAAAAAUAAAUGAUAUGCCCUAAUUGAACUGUAUGUAAGGUUUAUGUCACAAUAUUUAACUCACCAAUGUCAGAUAUCAAGAAAACACAGUAUUGUUAUUUUGUACAUGUAUAUACAUGUUUAAUAUGUUUAUGACAGCAAUCAUUAAAUCAAGAUCAUGCAUCGGCAUGUAAACAAGAGUGUACUAGUUCUGUAUGAUUUUGGAAAGAACAACAAGAAAAUUUCUAUAGAAGUGGACUAUUACAGCUAUGUUAAACUCAUUUCAUAUAUUUUUUUUGCCAUUUAUAUUUUCUUAAAGGCCCAUUAAGCCUAAUUUUUUUAAAAAUAUUCUUAUCUUUCCUGUCCUGUUUCAAAAAGUUACCCACUUGCCAUAUGGCUGAACCAGCUUUUGUGUUUUUGGCAAUUAGUACAAUAUUAUAGUGAUUUAGUAUUUUGUGUCAUUUUAAUUAACAUUUUGCUACCUUUUAUCACAAAUUGUUUCACAUUUAGGGCUAUUUUCGUGAGGUAAUAAGCACUUACAUGUUUUAAUCUAUUUAACUUUAAAACACAGAUUUGCCUUUUCUUCAGAAAGAAGAAAAAGGAUUUAUUUCUGGUGCAUAAUGUAGGCCAGUGUUGGCCAAGUUUUGACAGUUACAUGUAGAAGUAUGAAAGACAAUCUAAUGUAAUUGUUAAAAUUGUAAAAAAUGUUGAUAAUAACUUAAUAUUAUUUAUGUUAUGCAUGUUUACUGUUUGUGGAUUUACUUACCAUUUGGUUGUUAUUGAAGAAUGUUUUAAUGAAUUAUUUUUGCAUUAUGUCUUUAUAUUGAUGUCUGUUUUUCUGUUUUUCAACAAAAAAUUGUAAUUUUAUGUCACACUUCAUUAUGAUGCAAUUUUAUAAUUAAUGUUCUUAUAAUACAACUAAAUAUUAAUACUAAAUAUGAAAUCCAAAUUUGUAAUUUUUUAGCUCUGGUUAGUUUAAGAUGGAGAAUAACUAUUGUUUCUGGUAUGUACGUCCUUCCAUCCAUUUGGUACAUUUAAUGUCACUAUCUCUCGUAGCUUAUUCAGUUAUUGACUGACUUUCAGAUAUUUGAUGUGUUUUUGGUACCUUACAUGGAUCGUUACCCAUGAGUAAGGUUUCAGGUCAAUCCGGGUCAAGGUUGUUUGGAUUUAUAAAUAGAUUUUUCAAAAAUGUUUCGACACAUGGUUAGAUGAUAUAUUUAGAUUUCAUCAAAGUAACGUCAAGGAGUAUGUAUCAGUUAUACUGACAAUCUCCUUCACAGUCACUGUUGUUGUUUGUUUUCACUUUUAGGAGAAUGAUGGAAAGGGGUAAAUUUGCCAUUGUAGGAUACCCACUGUUGAUUAACAUGUAACAUAAUAAAUCAUAAAUGUUAAUUGUUCGGCCGUGGGUAUCCCAACAAUGAAAAUUGCAUGCCAGAGGGGAACAAGGGGAAAAUUUAGAAGUGGAUACAAUACCAUUAUAUUUUCAAUUUACAAUGGUCAUCACUGUCAUGCUCUUGUGAAAAAAUGAUCUGAAUUUUUUUUUUAUCAUUUUAGUUAUUGUUAGAGGGGAUUUUUUCUCAGAAUUAUUUGAGUAAACUAUAUGCUUUUUGGGGGGAGAGUUAUGGCCCCUGGGGGCCAAAUGUCGGCCCAAAAUUGGCCCUAAAAUGGUACUGUUGUUGUUUGUACAAUGUAUAUAAUGUAGUAAAUAUGACACAGGUAAAGAUACUAUUAGUAUAAGUGUUAAGUAUCAUGUCUUCCGUUACAGCCAAUGAAUUACAAGAAUAUAUGAGCCGCGUCACGACAAAACCAACAUAGUGCGUUUGCGACCAGCAUGGAUCCAGACCAGCCUGUGCAUCUGCGCAGUCUGAUCAGGAUCCAUGCUGUUCGCUAUCAGUUUCUCUACUUGCUAUAGGGUUUGUAAGCGAACAGCAUGGAUCCUGAUCAGACUGCGCAGAUGCUCAGGCUGGUCUGGAUCCAUGCUGGUCGCAAAAGCACUAUGUUGGUUUUGUCAUGAUGUGGCUCAAUUAUAUUUUAUCAAUGAUCACCAUUUAUAAUGAUAACAAUCAAUGUGUCAAUGUCAGAAAUGAUAGUUCUUUAUGCAUGUAGUUAGAAACUUUAUAAUUCUACAUGUCUGUUUAUGCUUUGAUGACUCAUCAUUUUUAUAUGCCCGAAUGAAUUUCGGUCAUAUUAUUUUAUUUUAUAUGCCUGAAAACCUUUGAGAUGUAUUAUGGUAUGGCAGUGUCCUCCUGUCCAUAGAUGAUUGGUUUCCGCAGCGUAAUAUAUAAAGGAUUUCUGUGAUUGUAAAUGUAUUUUGCCUGUCAGUAUGCUAUAUCAAUACAAAGGUCAAAUUUAAUUUUCGCUGCAAUCAACACAUUUUUCGUGUAGUUAUGUCCAUUUUAAAGCUUUUUUUUGUAGUGAAAUUAUUGGUUUUAGAAGAGAAGAGUUAUGCCCCUGUUUUAGCAAUUUUUCUGGAAAAUAAUUGGCUUCCACAGCAGAUCUUUACAAGCAUUUCACUGAAUCCAUUAAUGUUAUAUAACACUUUUUUUACAUUUGUUGGAGCCAUUCACAACAAUAAAUUUGCUAUCUUUCUUAAAGGUAGUUUUUUGUACAUGAUACCUUCUUGUAAAUUUGCCAUCAGACAUAUAUUGCCCGGCCUCAGCAGAGCUCUUGUUUAUUAUUUUAAACUACAGUUCAUCCAAUGAAAAUUAUUGUUACAAACAAAUAUGCCUAGUUUUAUACAUAAUGACUAAUAUUGAUAUCCAAUGCUUUGCCAGUUUUUAUGGUUUUUUUUUAAAAAAAUUUUUAUUAAGUUGAUUUUUGUUGUUUUGCUCUUUGGACAGACAAAUGUUUUUUGUUUUUUUUUUGUUUUUUUUUUGUCAGACAUCAUUUUAAAUGAGAGGUCAUUGGUUGAUAUAUGACUAUGAAUUAUGUUUAUCUAUAUAUAAGAUAUAUUAAUAUUUGUAUGAUACGAAUUUAUUAAAAAAUGAUUUCUUACUCUGUGACAAAAAUGUUAAAAUGCUUAAAUAUGUAAUACAUUCUAUUUUACAAAAGAGCAUUAAUAGAAGUAAUUGUAUUAUUACAUUAUUCUCAAAUUUCUUAUUAACAUUAAAAUUUAUUGUGUUUUAUAAAAUGCCCUAUCUUCAUUCAGAAAUACUUCACGUUUUAUGUCACUUUAUUCAUAAAACGUUUUCUGUAACUUUACUGUGAACAAAACAUAAAAUGUUAAAAUAAUGAAGUAUGUUAACAUUUUUGUCUCAGGAUUUAUGGUUAGAAGAUAUUGUACAUAGUUUUAGCCUCUUGGCCAAGUUUGAGCCUCCUGGCUAACAUAUUAUAAGCAAAUAGUUUAUUUAGCAGAUACCCUGAACUUAUGUACAGUAAGUUGUAAAUUUAGUAAGCUUUGUUAUUUUGUAACAUGUUAGUGAUAAAUACACAUUCCUUACAUUCGUGAGGACAGACAUAACAUAUGAGAUAGAAAACUUCAAAUAAAAUGUGUUUCAAACACUGUAAAAAAUCUAGCUCUUAACCCCAAUGUUCUUAGUUGUUUUUCUAUGCCCUCACUCAAGGUGGGACAUUUAGAUUUGCCCUUGUCCGUCUUUCCAUGUGUGCACCCGACUAUCCAUUCCAAAAUGUUGUGUCAUUAAAAGUUCCUGAGCUUAACAGUCAACAAACUUUACAAAAAUGUUGAUCAGCAUGUGAAGUUGUGAACCUUGGGGUUCUUGUGUGGAUUAAUCCAGUUUUGUCAGAGUUAUUAUUGCCUUUCACUUAGUAAAUAUUUGCAUUUUAACUUGUGUCAUGCAUUUUUCAAAAAGUAUAUGACAUAGAUAAAUGAAACUUUACAGGAAUGUUGGCCAACAUGUGUAAUUGUGCAUCUGGGGUUUAGCUUAUUUUCAUUUUCUUUUAAGCAUACUAUAGGAUAUAAAAUUGAGAUUUUGAUUUCUUGCAACAAAAUUGGGAAGAAUCAAUAUGUCAGCAAUGGAAAAAUUGGACAUUAUUUUUAUGCUCCAACCAUUUAGGGGUAGGGGAAGUCAUUUAAACUUUCCUCUGUCUGUCUGUCUGUCUGUCUGUCUGUUGUUCUGUCCUGCUGUACGUCAGUAGACUCACAAAUCAGUGGAAUGUGGGGGCAUUUGUGUCCUAUGGACACAUUUCUAGUUAAGUCUUGGAAUUUGAUUUGAGCUAUUAGUCAUUAUUUGUAAACUUGAAAAAUAUGUUUGAAUUGAAUUUUCAGCUGAUAUAUAACAAGGGCAUUUAAAUGAUGAUUAUUUUUUGUCUCAUAUUAAUCAACUGUCUAUAAGCCUAGAGAUUUAUGAACAUCUAUGAUGGUAAUUAAUAAUGUUUAAAAUAAUUGAUCAAAAAUGGCAAAUACCCUUGAUUGUCCUUCUCUAGCAUUUAUUGACUUGUUUAUUAUAAAUCUGUUAUUAUAUUAGGUUAUAAAUAAAUUCAUUCAUUUUUAUGGACAUGUGUGUCAGUCUGAUCAAAUUUAGGGACUGACAAUUUUAUUAAAAGAAAGUAUUUUAGUCUGAGAGUACCGAGAGGGACUAUUACUUAUCAUUAUCAGCACCCAAUGUUGAAGGUGGCAGACCAGUCUAAAUCUAUACAGUCUACUACCCAAGUUUACCUGUAACUACCAAAAUUUCUUUAAUGGACUUAUCUAACUUUCAUUUAUGGAAAUGCCCAUUAUCAAUUUUUAGGUUACAUCAAGAAGAAAAUUUAAAGUUUGUUUGUCAAUAGUUAUAAAUACUUUGCAGUCGGACAUGUAAUUUGAGUUCAUCAGCACAUCUGUACUGACAGUUGAUUUAAUUUUCUUAUUGAUAUACUUAACAUAAAUAAUGAUCAUUUCUAAAUAUUUAAGAAUGUCAGCAGGUUCAAGAUUAAACAUUCAGAAUAAUACUCAUUACUGGGUGCAGAAUCUAUGAAUCAAGUAUGACUGCCCACCCAGGGUAUAAUGGACAGACAACAGCUGCCAUUUUGAUCAUUUACAUUUAAAUUUCUUAUUUUUUGUUUUCUGUUUUUGAAGACCUUUGCUCAGUAUUAUCAAACGUGUUUGGGUAAAAUUUGAUUUGUUAUUAUAUUUUUCCUUGUUUAUUUGUGUCUAGAUUAUUUUUGUGUUGCUUAUUUCUUAAUAUUUAAGAUGAAUUGUAAGCAGAAAAUCGUUUUUGUAUAUCAUGUACUGAUUUAGUCUAAUUUAUUCAUGAUAUUUAGUUAUGAACUGUAUCAUAUAAUUCAUAAAGACUAUAUUUCAGACAAAAAUAACCAAGACUUG